GAAUGUUGCGGAAUUUAUUGCUUUUACUACUACCUUUACUGAUUGAAGCAAAAUUACCUCCAUUUUUCUUGGGAAGACUAAAUGGGAAAACAUUGUUGAAUCACCAUUUGGACCGGUUAACAGCGUCUGAUGGGGCAAGCAUUCAAGAGACUUACCCAAAUUUGCAAGUUCAUAAUUUCACCCAGAAGCUGGAUCAUUUUGAUCCAUACAACACGAAAACAUGGAAUCAGAAAUAUUUUUACAAUCCAGUAUUCUCUAGAAACAACUCAAUCAUUUUCUUAAUGAUUGGAGGAGAAGGCCCAGAGAAUGGAAAAUGGGCAGCAAACCCAAAUGUUCAGUACCUACAAUGGGCUAAAGAGUUCGGAGCCGAUGUUUUUGAUUUGGAGCACAGAUUCUUUGGAGACAGUUGGCCAAUUCCAGACAUGCAAACGAGUUCUCUCCGUUAUUUAACCACUCAACAAGCCCUCGCCGAUUUGGCAUUUUUCAUAGAGUUCAUGAAUCAACAAUACGGGUUCAAGAAUCCAAGAUGGGUCACAUUUGGUGGUAGUUAUCCAGGCUCCCUUGCAGCAUGGUUCAGGCAAAAAUACCCGCAAUUAACAGUGGGUUCAGUUGCUAGCAGUGCUCCUGUCAAUUUGAAACUUGAUUUCUAUGAGUACGCAAUGGUUGUUGAAGACGAUUUGAGAAUAACCGAUCCAAAAUGUGCUCAGGCUACUAAAGAUGCAUUUGUUCAAAUGCAAAAACUGGCGUUGACAGCUGAAGGAAGAAACUCAUUGAAUAAUCAUUUUAAUCUUCAACCUCCAUUCGAUGCAAACACAACAAAACUCGAUAUCAAUAACUUCUUUGGCAAUAUUUUCAACACUUAUCAAGGAAUGACUCAGUACACUUAUGAUGGACAGAGCAACAGCACACAUUCUGAUAAGACCGUCCGCAAAAUGUGCGACAUUAUGACUAAUGCCACUGAAACAGAUGUGGUGAUGAGAGUGGAAAACUUGUUCCUGUGGUUCAACCAAAUGGAGCCCGCAAGCGCAAAUCUCACUGUCAUGCCGAACAGUUAUUGGGAUGUGAUCAGUCAAGUGGGAAGCGGAGAUUUGAACGUUUUGGGACCAGAUGGAGCUGCCGCUCGUGGAUGGAUGUGGUUGUGUUGUAACGAGAUUGGAUUCCUCCAGACUACAAAUCAGGGAAAUAAUGUAUUCGGAACAGGAGUUCCAUUGAACUUAUUCAUCGACAUGUGCACAGACAUGUUUGGUGAUAGUAUGAAAAUGAGUCAAAUCAUGGGAGGCAACAAGAAAUCGCAAAACUACUAUGGAGGCGCUGACUUUUAUAAUGCUACGAAUGUCGUUCUUCCAAAUGGCUCUCUCGACCCAUGGCACGCUUUGGGUACUUAUGGGACCAUCAAAAGCCAAUCUCUUCUUCCAUACCUUAUCAACGGAACUGCGCAUUGUGGAGACAUGUACCCAUCAUAUGAUGGAGAGCCGGGAUCUUUGCUAGCGGCUCGUGCUUUUGUUAAGGAAAAUGUUCGGCAAUUUAUUAGAUACGAUCCAAAUGUCGAUGGUCCAGGUGGCAGUUCAUCUAGCGCUUCACUGUUUGUUGUGGCUUAUAUUGUUUGUGGAUUCCUCUUUGUCUAAUUUUUUGUUGUUCCUUCGGACAAUAAAUAUCAAUUUUUAUAUGAGUGUGUGUCAAUCCAAUAAAACAAAUUUUACUUUC